GUGUCUGAGUGUGUUGCGUACAGCUCUUUACUGGCUCGAUUUCCAUCACAAGGAAGUGGACAGAUCCAACUAUGGCAGUUUCUAUUGGAAUUGCUCUCAGAUGCGCAUACGAAUGCGUAUUGUAUAGCUUGGGAAGGUGCGAAUGGCGAGUUCAAAUUAUUGGAUCCAGAUGAAGUGGCACGUAAAUGGGGUGAACGUAAGAGUAAGCCGAAUAUGAAUUAUGACAAAUUGAGUCGUGCGCUGCGUUAUUAUUACGAUAAGAAUAUUAUGACAAAGGUUCACGGCAAGCGUUACGCAUAUAAAUUUGAUUUUCACGGUUUGGCACAAGCAUGUCAAAGUGGUUCCAGUAAUGAACUCUCACCUGCAGCUGCAAUACAUCCUUAUCCAAGAGGUUUUAUGACGUUAACUUAUCUUUUAUUCGUUUGA